GUGACAGAGUGCGGGGAACCCAGCUCCCGGCUCGCCCCCAUUUUGCAGCAGAUGUGAUGACACGGGUGGGACUGCCCUGCCCUGCAAUCUGAGCGAGCCGUUGGGGCUGCAUUCCUACACACCACACUCUUCUCUUCCCUGGCUCCUGCUUUCCUUCCACCGCCUCUGCCACCUCCUCAGCAGCCCUGAAGCGCUGACCCAGACCUGCUGGUGAGGAAAAAUGGCAGAAGGCCAGCCACACCUAAGUAUUCAGAUGUCAGACUCGAAUACAAAUGGCAUCCCCAGCAGAAAGCAGUCCUCUCCAGACUUAGCUGGCAGGGGAGGAAGCAUACUAACUUUCCACAACAUCUGCUACCAUGUGAAGGUGAAGACUGGGUUCCUAUGUUGUCAAAAAACAGCCAAUAAAGAAGUUUUGAGACAUGUCAAUGGCAUCAUGAGACCAGGACUGAAUGCAAUUUUGGGACCCACUGGCAGUGGUAAAUCUUCUCUGCUCGACAUUUUGGCUGCAAGGAAGGAUCCCCAUGGGCUUUCCGGUGACAUUUUGAUCAAUGGAGCUCCUCAGCCUGCCAACUUUAAAUGUACCUCUGGAUAUGUAGUACAGGAUGAUGUGGUGAUGGGAACCCUGACUGUAAGAGAAAAUUUGAAGUUCUCAGCAGCACUCCGUCUGCCAAAGUCAGUGAAGGAACAGGAAAAAAAUGAACGAGUGAAUCAGAUCAUCAAGGAACUGGGUUUGAGCAAAGUGGCAGAUUCCAAGGUUGGCACCCAGUUCACCCGCGGGGUGUCUGGAGGAGAGCGGAAAAGGACCAAUAUUGGGAUGGAGCUCAUCACGGAUCCUGCCAUCUUGUUUUUGGAUGAGCCAACUACGGGACUCGAUGCCAGCACUGCUAACGCUGUCCUACUGCUAAUGAAAAGGAUGGCAAAACAAGGAAAAACAAUAAUCUUCUCCAUCCACCAGCCUCGGUACUCCAUAUUCCGACUGUUUGACAACCUGACGCUGCUGGCUGCGGGGAGAGUGCUGUACCACGGGCCCGCUCAGCACGCCAUCGAGUACUUCCAAUCUAUUGGCUAUGAGUGUGAGCCAUACAACAACCCUGCCGACUUUUUCCUGGAUGUCAUUAAUGGAGACUCCACUGCAGUGGCAAUGAGCAAGACCAAUGAAACUAACACAGCAGAGAGCACCGAAGAAUGCACUGAAUAUGAUAAAACCUUGGCUGAGAAGUUAGCAGAAAAAUACUCCAACUCUACCUACUACCAAGAAACAAAAGCAGUAUUAGAAAAUAUUUCUUUGGGAAAUAAAAAGAAAACAAAAGCAGUUUUCCGACAAAUCACGUAUGCCAACUCCUUCCUUCAUCAGCUGAAAUGGGUGUCCAAGCGCACAUUUAAAAAUCUGGUAGGAAACCCUCAAGCUUCUGUAGCUCAGCUGUGUGUUACGGCUUUCCUGGGACUGGUUGUAGGUGCCAUUUUCUUUGGACUUAAAGAGGACUCCACUGGACUACAGAACAGAGUGGGUGCAAUGUUCUUUCUGACCACCAACCAGUGUUUCAGCAGCGUCUCAGCUAUUGAACUCUUUAUUGUGGAAAAAAAGACAUUUACACAUGAAUAUAUCAGUGGGUACUACAGAACAUCUGCAUAUUUCAUCUCAAAGCUAAUGGCUGAUUUAAUACCCAUGAGGACUAUACCAAGCAUCAUCUUCACCUGUAUAAUUUACUUCAUGUUAGGUUUGAAACCAACAGUAGAAGCCUUCUUUACAAUGAUGUUUACCCUUAUGAUGGUGUCCUACACAGCCACUUCUAUGGCACUAGCCAUUGCAGCAGGACAGAGUGUGGUCGCUGUAGCAAACCUGCUCAUGACUAUCACAUUUGUUUUUAUGAUUAUUUUCUCUGGGUUGCUGGUCAAUCUCACAAGCAUCAUGUCCUGGCUCUCCUGGCUCAAAUACUUUAGCAUCCCUCGAUACGGAAUGACAGCUUUACAAAUCAAUGAAUUGACUGGUCUGAACUUUUGCAGCAGCAGCAACAUCACAAAUUUAAUCAGCAACAGUAUCUAUCGACAGAUAAGCCAGCCGUGGUGUACCGGAGAUGAGUAUCUGAAAAAUCAAGGCAUUGAUGUGAGUAGCUGGGGCCUGUGGCAGAACCACCUGGCUCUUGCCUGCAUGACAGUAAUAUUCCUUAUCAUUGCAUACCUGAAACUGCACUUCAUGAAGAAGUUCUCUUAAAACCAGAAUGAAAAAUGCAAUUCCCAAUGUUCAGUAGUUCGAUAAACUGACUGUGCAACUGACUUGAUUCUUUGAGACCUUCCUUUGUACGUUUGUUUAUGAUUACACAAGUCAACAAUGUGAAUGCCAUCCUUGUAUAUUAAAUACUUAGUAUUAAUGUACUUUGCUGAAAUGUCUAGCAUGCCUCAGUUCCCUUUGCCAUAAAAAGUACACAACUAUUCAUUUCUUCAAGAGACUAUUCAGUCUUUCUGCAUGUUCUAGCUAUGAAUUUGUUAAACAAUGAAACUAGUAUUUAAUGGCUUAACCUGGAAAAAAAAAUGGUUCCAUACUUUAAUUAGCACCUACAUUCACUGGCAAGUAAUUCAGUCCAAAGUGAUGUGUAUCAGGACACCAAUGCAGUCCCAACUGCUAAUGUGGUCACAGUCCACAUGAGACAGCGACAAAACCAUCCUCUCCAUCCCAGUGCACGUCUCAUG